AGUGGGGUAGCAAUUUCAUGCCAACUAUCGCCGUGACGCUGCACUUUGGCUCAAGACUCAAGUUGCGGAGCCGUGAGAAACAGGGCCCUCCAGUCCGCAUCGUCGUUCAGUGAAAGAGCGAGCCUCAGCGGUGACGCCAUCUCCUCCGUCUCCUGGCCACGUCAGCGAACACCCUCCUUUGGCUGCGCCUCGGCCUGCCGCAAAACCUUGUGACGUAAAACACAGCUUUCCCUCCAGCCCUACUGAGUGUUGCUGGCCUCCGUUGGUCCUGUGCAGGCCAUUGUAGCCGACUGUGGCGAGUAGCUCUUGUGUGCCACUAGCCCAUGACCACACCGGUGACACCCAGUAGACCCGGUCAGGUUGUUGAGGUGAUCAGCCGAAGUGUUGAUGCGGCUGGGGCUGGGGCUGGACGAGGCGGACGAUCUCGAGCUCGGCACCACCCGCGAGGACACUGAGCGCAUGCACGCAUCUUAUCAAGUUGCUGGGCAGGCCACCGAUCUUCCAGAAGUGCCUGUACACGAUCACUCGCGGACCUUCGCACGCUCGGUCCGAAUUCCCGCCGAGUUUGAGCGGGCGUCGGCGUACGGGCCGCAGGCCAACGGCCAGGCCGAGCGCGGGUUUCCCCGUCUGCGCUCAUAGGUACCCCAACAAGCGGAGCCAGCACUCCUCGACCGGAGCCGCGACCGCGGCCACGCCGGGCAGGCCCGUGACGCUGCCUGACAUCUGCGUGGCGAUCGCCACCAGGGUGUGCGCCGUGACGCCGCGGUGGCCGAGCCCGCCCCCGGAGGCCCGAUGCCCUCCCGCCCCUCCCUGCGAGCCCUUGCGAGUUGUAGAGGAGGGCCCUGGCGCACGAGGCGGUGCUGGCGGCGCGGAUGACGCUGACGCUUUCGGUCCGCACCGAGGCGAUGACCGCCCGGGCGGCCGACAUCGUCCGGGCAGAGCAGGCUGAGAUGAGGGGCGAGCUCGACGGCGCGCUCAUGCGCGCCGAGGCCCAGCAGGACUCCAUGCGCUCCGAGUACGCGGCGCGCCCCUCGAAUGCAGAGCAGCACUUUUUCGCCACGGCGAGGCAGAGGACCAGCGACGUCGUGGAGACGGAGGCCGAGAAGCUCAUUGCUGCCGGCUGCUGCGUGCAUGACGAGCUGGCCGACCGCACUGCCAAUGGGUUGAGCGUGGCCAACUUGGCCCAUCUUGGACAGCUCUGGGAGACCAGAGGGCAGGCUGAGUCUUCGAUUCGGGCGGCAAGGUAGGCCGAGGCCGAUGUGGGUGCCGAGUCCGCGUCCGCUAUCACUUCGCUCGCGGCGGAGGCGCCCCGGGCAAUCGCCGACGCCUGGGGCGCAGAGGCAUCGCCUCGGGACGCUGAGCAUGCUGCCCGUCGCGCGGAGUCCCGCCAGGCGCUCCGCCUGCGCCAAGCCGAGUCUCGCCUGCGCGCGGAGGUCUCUGCGGUCUCCGAGCUCCGCACGCAGUGCACGGAGGCGACCGGACUCCGUACCCAGGUCGUGGCCCAGGCCUUCACGUUGGCGGGCCACGAGCGGGAUUUCGCUGCGCUUCGAGCUGGAGCCCAGCACGUCGUCGACAAGUGCGGGCGCGAGCUCAGGAGGCUGGACGAGGGCCGCGAGGCCGUAGAGCACGCGCCCCGCGACAGGCUGAUGGGCGAGACCCGAGCUGCCGAGGCCGAGGGGCAGGUGGCUCGCGCAGAAUUCCCUCGCGCUGCCCAGUGGCGCGCGCUUGCAGAGGCGUCCGAGCGCCGACGUAGCCCGCCACCUGGUCUUCGAGCGCGUCGCCAAGUUCACGCAGCUGGCGAAGGUGGCGCUCCACCCCAGGAGCCGCAAGCUGGCGAGGGAGCUGCGCCCGCUGCUCACCCCGAGCGUUUUCGCCCAGACCAAGCCCAAGCUACCGGCGCAAGUGCGCAGCGCCAGCCCAUCGACAGGCCAGGGCAGAUUCCCGAGCACAAAUUACCCCCAGCAGAUUGCAAACAUGUGUUAGAAGAAAUGUAGCCUCUGCGUGGAGGUGUCUCUCACCGUUGAUGCCGAGUCUGUCUCCUAGUUAUCGAGCAAGGACGCAAAGGUGCCUGCUGUCUGCGCCCGCUUGGUCACGCCCAUUGGGCACGACAGACGAUGGAGAGGAACCUCGUGCAUUUUGCACAUUGAUGCGACACGCCUGACAUGAGUGCUGAUGGACACGCAAAGGGCGGCAUUGACCGCGCGUUAUUGUCGCAGGUAAUGUUGGGCCAUCACUUGUGCGAGCAUGAUGUGCAGAAGUAUGUGCCGCGCCGCAUUUCAAAACGCGCGCGCGCGUUUGAGCCUGACCUCGCGCGGGGGCGCGGACGACGACGCGCCAGACUUGGCGACGGGCGCCCGGCGGCGAGAUCCGGGCGCCCGUUCCUUGGAGGCGUGGCGGCAUGCGCCUGGCAGUUGGCUCUGAACGUGGACUUGGUUGCGCUUGCCUGGCGCAUGCGCGCUGUUUUUUUUUCGGAUGGGUUGCCGAUCGGCGGCCGCCUGUCCUAAGUGCGCCACUUUGAUUGUUUGGGGUGGAUUGCCGAUUCGCGGCCGCCUGUCCUAAGCGCGCCAUUUUGAUUGUUUGGGGUGGAUUGCCGAUUCGCGGUCGCCUGCCCUAAGCGCGCCGAUGAGAAUCCCACCGGCACCUUUCGCACGUGCGCUUGGCAGCGAGCUUCCUGCCCGCCUUUGUGAGCUAUGCUAUAAGGUGUAGGAGGGGCGGCUGCUGGCCGACCAGCGGCUGCCCUCGGCGUGGAGUGGCCAUCGCUCGCCUCUUGCGUCGAUAGGUGGGUAGACCAAUGCAGGUGCUGUUUCGUGGCAUGCCCGAAUAAAAAAGACGCGACGCGCUCCGUUCUCACGACAUGGCCUCUAAAGGGAGCUGCUUAGCUGGAUCGGCGAGCGGGGCAAGGCAGUAGCGAGCGCAGAUUCGGCCAUGUAUCGCUCAGUUUCCAGCAU